AUGGCGGAUUCAACCCCCUACGACUACAGCAGUUGGCAAUUCUACGACACCUUGGGACAGCAGACACAAUUCGCAGGAAUGGAUGAAGACUUCUGCAUCGCUCCCUUCGACUUCCCCCCGCACAGCGCAGAGGGGGAGAUGCUGCUGGGGCUGGGGUCGGAUAAUUGCCCACCACACGAUUUGCGCGGAGGAACUUCGGCAAAGAUGGGGACGAGCUUUGUUUAUGCGUCACAGUCGCAUUCGGAUGCGGCCCCCAUGGAGAUGCUGGACAUCGAUACGGGACUGGGGUUUGCGAAUCACGAGCUGGACUUUGUGGAUCCGUUUACACACGGCAAAAAGCCCUGCACACCAGUCACCGGUGCCAACAACACCAACACUAAUAACAACCGACCAUUCUCAUCCGAUUUCACCUUUCUCCGCUCCACCUCGCAGAAUGCAACCGAACGAGCGCUCUUCAUGACUAUCCCAUCAACAGUACCCACCGCCGGCAUUACCUCACCAUCAGCAUCGUCGGCAUCGCCCGCCUCUCACCUCCCCCACUACCAAUCUCCUAUCUUGGAUUGCAGCUCUCCAGGGACAACGCCCAGCCACAGCGAAGACGACUGGGAUCGCGAGAUCCACCAUUUCUAUGGACUGCCCGAGACCCCACCAUUCGCCCGGUCCGAGUACCAAUCUGGCUUCCCUCACAAACCGGCCCGAGUGCACAGCGAGACUCCCCCACCGAGAAACUGGGACGCCGAAGAAGAGCUCACGCCGCUCGAAAUGCCCGAUGGCAGUAUCCGCUUCACGGCUAACUGGCUGCCCGUCGACCCGCAGGGAGGCUUCACCAUCGGGACUGAGUCUGUGUCGCCAGCCUCAGCGAUGACGCGCGGGCAAUCCCGCGCGGGAUUCGACUAUGGUCGCGAUGCUCCCCAGGCGCAUGGCUACAGAUACGAUCCCAUGCCUGUGGAGUUCAGCAAGGAGGCGUUUAUCAUGAUGCCGGUGUGA